CAAAGUGCUGGGAUUAUAGGAGUGAGCUACCGCACCUGGCUGAAAGACGGAGUUUGUAUGAUCAGCUUUGACAAGUGUGUCUUUAGUGCCCCUCAACUUCUCUUUUUGUGCCUUUUGCCCCUGGCCAUGGUGAUAUUGGUGAGUCAUCCUUUUUGCCGGAGAAGGUAGAACCUGAGGCAAUAGAAUACUCUGCUAUCAAGUGGUUUGCUUGUGUGUUUCCCUUGAUCAUCACUUUUUUUAAAGGUAAACACCAGGGUUUUUUGUUUUGAGUUGAAUUAGAUAAAAUGACGUGGACACACAUGGAGUGAUUUUAAGGAGCGGAGAGUUUAAUAGGCAAGAAGGAAGGGAAAAGACAAAAGAAGCUUCUCUUACAGAGACAAAAGGGGGUGCUCCAAAGCUGAGAGAGAAGACCCCAAGUGGGGUGGAAACCAGCUAGAUAUAUGUAGAGGCUGGAGAAGGCGGUGUCUGAUUUGCAUAGGGCUCAGGGGAUUAGUUUGACCAGGCAUGUUAUUUAUGUAGCCCGUGAAAAAAACUGGUCCUUCCAUCCUAGUCUUUUAAUAUGCAAAUGCAGGGCACCAUGAUGUUCUAUACACGUGGGGAUAUGUGGGGGCAGCCAUGUUACCAAGCACAUGUGGGGACAAGGGCAAGUCAACAAUGGUGGGAAUAGCCAUGUUGGGUGGAUCCAGUUUCUAAUGGUCUUCAUUUGCAUAUCAAUAACUCCUACCAAACUAAGAGAUGCAGCUCUGACUGAGGCAGACAUGGUCCCUACCACUGUGGGGCCUAGAUAGUGGAGAGGAUACAGUCGAAAAAUACAUUCCUGGUCAGAUAUUAAUUCAACUGCAAUAAGCACAGUGACCACAAAGAGGGUUCUGGGCUGACCUGGUGAGCAUGUGGUCAAGGGAGCUUUGAGGAAGUGACACUGGCAUCAGUCACCUGAAGCGGGGCUGAGGAUUCACCAGGCACAGAUGGAGGGAGAGUCCAAGAAAGAAGAGCAUCUGCACAGGCCGAAGGGAAAGACAGGAAGGAGUUGGAAGAACUGAAGUCCAAGUAGCUGGUGGGCAGGCAGGAGUACAAAUAGAUUUUAGCAGGGCCAGGGCACAUGGCCUUGUAGCCAUACCACAGUCAUGGUUGCCCAAAUGGUGUCCUGAACAGCUGUGUGAAUGUGUCUCAAGUACUCAGAGUAAACACUUCAAAAUCUGUAGUGGAAUGAAUUCGUAACCAAGAAAAAUGGAUUUUUUUUUUUUUCAUUUCAGAAUGUAUUUGUUCAUUUGGAACAGGGACAGUUUUCACGGAAAAUGGAUGAAGCUGGGGGGGGGAGAGUGUUGAAAGUUAAUAUUAUCAUAAUUUCAGAACACCAUAGUGAAUACCUUGGAAAGUGUCAUCUUCUGAGACUUUGACUGUGACCAUGUGAAAGGUAGAGAGAGAAUUCAGGAUUAACUUUGUCCAUUUUCCCAUGUUCAAGGGCCAUUGCAUUACACCUAAAACUGGCAGAGUCACAGAUUAUAUUUAAGCCCAGAUUUCAAAACUGCCCAUGACUAUUUUGGCAGGAUGUAUCUUGGCUUUUUGUUUCGUUUUGUUUUGUUUCUUAAGCAAUCUAGUACAGAUGUUUGUUUUUAUUCAGACAGUCUGGAGGGAGCUUUAAUGUUGGGGUUCUUUGUACGUGUAAAUACCAUGCUGGAUAAUUAAUUGGGAUUUCCUGAAGCAAUUUGUUUUUAAUUUUAAGAAACUGUACUGUAAACAGCUUUUUCAUUCUUGUGGAUAAAGAGAAGCUUUUCUCUGGACUUCUAAUAUUUGCCAACCCCGAGGGCAAGGCAAAGCAUGUGAGCUUGUCCUCAGGACCCUCCCUGCCCUCCCCAGAGGGGACCAAUGAGUUUGAGGAACAAGAGUGGCUAAACUGUUGACUCUCAUCUGCCCUCCCUCCCUCCACCUCAGGGUUAUUAGGUUCCUGCAACUUAACUGGGAACUGUUCAAGAUUUCAAACUCAAGAUGGUGGUGAUGAACAGCCUGAGGGUCAUUCUUCAAGCAUCUCCAGGCAAAUUGCUGUGGAGAAAGUUCCAGAUUUCAAGAUUCAUGCCAGCCAGGCCCUGCAGCCUCUAUACUUGUACUUACAAAACCCGGAACCGAGCCUUGCAUCCACUGUGGGAGAGCACGGACCUGGUUCCUGCGGGUGAUCGACAGUCACCCAUCAACAUCCGGUGGAGGGACAGUGUUUAUGAUCCUGGCUUAAAACCACUCACCAUCUCUUAUGACCCAGCCACCUGCCUCCACAUCUGGAAUAACGGGUACUCUUUCCUUGUGGAAUUUGAAGAUUCUACAGAUAAAUCAGUGAUCAAGGGAGGACCCCUGGAACACAACUACCGAUUGAAGCAGUUCCAUUUUCACUGGGGAGCCAUCGAUGCCUGGGGCUCCGAGCAUACUGUGGACAGCAAAUGCUUCCCAGCAGAGCUGCACUUAGUUCAUUGGAAUGCAGUCAAAUUUGAAAACUUUGAGGAUGCAGCACUGGAAGAAAAUGGUUUGGCUGUGAUAGGAGUAUUUUUAAAGCUAGGCAAACAUCAUAAAGAGCUACAGAAAUUAGUGGAUACUUUGCCAUCAAUUAAGCACAAGGACACCCUUGUGGAAUUUGGAUCAUUUGACCCUUCCUGCCUGAUGCCUACCUGCCCAGAUUACUGGACCUACUCAGGGUCUCUGACUACUCCACCCCUCUCUGAGUCUGUCACCUGGAUCAUUAAGAAGCAGCCAGUAGAGGUUGAUCAUGAUCAGCUUGAGCAAUUUCGGACCCUGCUUUUCACUUCCGAGGGGGAGAAGGAGAAAAGAAUGGUGGACAACUUCCGCCCCCUUCAGCCACUGAUGAAUCGCACUGUCCGUUCAUCCUUCCAGCACGAUUAUGUGCUGAACAUACAAGCGAAACCCAAGCCGGCGACCAGCCAAGCAACCCCCUAAAACGUUCAUACCUAGGCAGUAUUUUGCCUUUGCUUUAAUAUACACUAGCUUACUAAAAAUUGUUAACUAGACUAUUCUAAAUACCUGCAUUUGAUAAUAUUUACAAAUGUGCAUUUCUUAGCAUGUGAGUGCUUCAUCAGUCUUUGAGCAAAGCUAUUCGGUACCAGCAAGAGACACAAGUUUCUCUUACAGCUACCUGUUAGUAAUUGUAAUGCCUUUUUUUUUUUUUUUUUCAGACUAGGUCUCACUUUGUUGCCCAGGCUAGAAUGCAGUGGCCCAAUGACAGCUCACUGCAGCCUUGAACUCCUAGGCUUAAGCAGUCCUCCUGCCUUAGCCUCUGCAGUAGCUGGGGCUACAGGUGCUGACCACCUGGCCCCGCUUGUAAUAUCUUUUUAUAUCUGACAUUUUUGAGCUAUCUUUUUAUGUUUAUCCAUUAGUGGUUCUAUAGUGCUAUACGUAGGGAUUAUAAUCAAAAUUUUUAACAAGUGGUAAGGCAUAGACAUUGACCAGAACUCAGGCCUUUCAGAAACAGCCUGUGGGCCCAGACUGGUGCUUCCUGGCUGAACAUGAGUCAUGGUUUAGGUGUAUUUUAUUUCAUAACAUGAAUGUGUAUUCUUUCAUAAGGGCUUCUCAAUGAGCAUAUUUGCCCCAGUCUUUAAUUGUUAUAAGGACAUGAUAUGUUUACUUACUAUCAAUUUACGAUGUAGAAAAAAACAAGGACUUUUCCUAUAUCCAGAAAUACCUUUGCACUUCUGAAGAUCAGAUAUUUUACUUAAAGGUCUGAUCAUAUAGAAAAUACAUGCAGAACAUUUUAAAGAAAAUGCUUGGCCAAGUACGGUGGCUCAUGCCUGUAAUCCCAGCACUUUGGAAGGCUGAGGCGGGUGGAUUACUUGAGGUCAAGAGUUCGAGACC